CAAGAUGUGAUUUGGACUCCUGUAAUCAGAACAUAGUUUAUAAACCGUUUCUACAUAUAAGAAAUUGAUUAUAAGCUUUUAUGUGUUCACAGUGAUCAAUCCAAAUGCGAUGUUGUAGAACUAAGUACAGACAGAAUAUUUACACGCAACACUCCGCUGGAAAAUUGUAACAAUACAACAGUGAAAACACUCCAAUAUUACAACAGGAACAUAAUACUGUACAGUAUCAGAUCAACGUGCACAGAAUAUACAGUCUGAAAGGUGUAGCACUUUUGGUAGGAACGGCGAACAAUAUCCAUUUUUGUACUUGUAAGUUUUCUAUAACAAAUAUUUCAGUGGUUUCAUCCCCGUCACAAAAACGUAUGCAUAAUUAUUCCCGCCAGAAAGGGGGUUGGGCUUUGGAGGGAAGUUCAGUGAUUGGUUUGAAUCUUUAUAGACUCUAAACCAAUGGGUGACUGGCACUCUUGUUUAAAUACUGUAAGUGGAGCCACGGAAACUCAUUCUUUUACUAAAGUCUGCAAAGCUUGUAGUAAAUUAUCUGGACUGAAAAUGAGUGGAAGAGGUAAAACCGGUGGCAAAGCAAGAGCCAAGGCUAAGACUCGCUCAUCCAGGGCAGGACUGCAGUUCCCCGUUGGCCGUGUUCACAGGCUUCUCCGCAAAGGCAACUAUGCUGAGCGCGUCGGUGCUGGUGCUCCUGUUUAUCUGGCGGCUGUGCUCGAGUAUCUUACCGCUGAGAUCCUGGAGUUGGCUGGAAAUGCCGCUCGGGACAACAAGAAGACCCGCAUCAUUCCCCGUCAUCUGCAGCUGGCGGUGCGUAACGACGAAGAGUUGAACAAACUUCUGGGCGGAGUGACCAUCGCUCAGGGUGGUGUGCUGCCCAACAUCCAGGCUGUGCUGCUGCCCAAGAAGACCGAGAAACCCGCCAAAUCCAAAUAAACAGAUUCAGUCGGUUUCAUUGAAACCCAAAGGCUCUUUUAAGAGCCACCCAUUUUAUCUGAUAGAGAGCGCUUUUCUUUGUUAACAUUUACAGGCAUAAACCCGUUUGAUUGAGGGGGAGAAAAAAAGUCCUAAGCCAAUCAAAUGUAUGAUUGCUCUGCAUUAACGAUUACAAAUAAUAUCGUAUAAACCCAUAUGUAUGCGUUCUUGUUAUAAGGGCAUUAUGAUCCCCUGAUGUUUCUGUAGAGAUAGUUCUUUAGGAGGCGUGUAGGAUUGCCACCCAUGUCUCCUAAUAUUAAAAGUUAUGUCUGCCAGGUUCUGCUAAUGUACUGUAUGUUAUU